CUAUUAGUUGAGGUCAGGAUUACCGGAAGAAAAAUCUAAAUGUGUAUCUUAUAACAUUGAAAAUCAUUGAAUGGAACGAAUCCUUUUUAAUUUUUUUUUUCGGUUUUGCAUGAUUUUCUUAUAAAAAAAAAGUGAUCGGUUCGCUUUGGUUUUAUGAAUAAAAUUUUCAAAAUAAAAAUUAAAAAAUAAAAAAAAAUAUCUAUGAAAUCGUAUAUAAAAUUAAAAUCAUUUAUAAAAUAAUUAAAAACAUAAAUAAAUAAUAAAAAAUAAUUAAUUAUGAGAAUAUUACAUAAGCAUUACGUAAAUUGCUUAAUUAAUUAAAAGUUAUACAAAAAAAGAAAAGAUAACAAAAAAAAAAAAAACAAGAAUACUCAAAAUAGGGAAAUAAAAAUUUUUAUUUAAUUUAAAUUUAAUUUUCAAUAUUUUUGAAAAAUAUUUAAUAAAAAUCUGGAAAAAUGUCAGCUACCCCACUAGAACUAAUUAAAACUGAAACAGCUCUAACGGAUAAUAUUAAUGUUGGUGAUGCGGAUAAGGUUAUUAUUAUCAUCACGAAAAUUGUGUGUGUGUAUAGAAUACCAGCAGUGAUCACAAAACAUGAUCCGGAGAAACAGAACGGCUCUAAGAAUCAAACAAGUAUUACAUACGGAAAAUUUCAAAGUGAUUUGGACAUAGUAGCACAACAAGCGGCAGGAUCAACAUUACCUUUAGUAUCAUCAAAGAAACGCAUCCAACCGGAUACAGAUAAUUAUGAUCCGUUUGCGAAUCGUAAAGUUGAACAUCCAACAUCGGAUUUCGAAACGUUGGUACAUCUGCUGAAAGGAUCACUUGGUUCCGGUAUAUUGGCUAUGCCAUUGGCAUUUUCAAAUUCUGGAUUAUGGUUUGGAUUAUUUGCAACAUUAUUUGUUGGUUUAACAUGCACGUAUUGUGUACAUUUGCUGGUUAAAUGUGCCCAUAUAUUAUGUCGUAGAAGACAAAUACCUGCAUUAAGUUUUGCUGAUGUUGUUGAGAAUGCAUUCUUGGAUGGACCACCAUCAUUACAGAAAUGGUCACGUUUUAUGAGAUUUAUUGUUGAUACAUUUUUAGUAUUGGAUUUAAUUGGUUGCUGUUGUAUAUAUUUAGUUUUUAUAGCAACAAAUUUACAACAAGUUCUUGAUCAUUAUUUACAAUCACAUGUCAAUAUUAGAUUGGUUAUAUUAGCAUUAUUAGUGCCAUUAAUGCUUGUAUGUUUAAUUAGAAAUUUAAAAUAUUUGGCACCAUUUUCAUUUGUUGCAAAUGUUAUAAUGUUUAUUGCUAUUGUUAUAACAAUGUAUUAUAUAUUCUUGGAUUUGCCACCAACAAAUUCAGUUCCUGGUAUUGUUGGACCAACACAUUGGCCAAUGUUCUUUGGUACAGUUAUAUUUGCAUUAGAAGGUAUUGGUGUAGUUAUGUCAUUAGAAAAUGAUAUGAAAAAUCCAAAACAUUUUAUUGGUUGUCCAAGUGUUUUAAAUAUUGGUAUGGGCACAGUUAUUGCAUCAUAUACAUUAGUUGGCUUCUUUGGUUAUUUGAAAUAUGGUAAUGAAACUAAAGGCAGUAUUACAUUAAAUUUACCAAUUGAAGAUAUACUUGCACAAUCUGUUAAAAUUAUGAUUGCAAUUGCAAUUUUCCUAACAUACACAUUACAAUUUUAUGUUCCAAUUCAAAUUAUAUGGAAAGGAAUCAAACAUAAAUUUUCACCAGACAAUCAUGUUCGUGGUGAACUUGUUUUAAGAACAUUGAUGGUUAUUUUAACUGUUGUUAUUGCUGCUGCUUUACCAAACUUAGGUCCAUUUAUUACACUUAUUGGUGCUGUCUGUUUAAGUUCAUUGGGUGUUAUGAUACCAGCAAUUGUUGAAACAGUUGUUUAUCGUGAAGAUCCCGGUCAUGGACGUUUUAAUUGGAGAUUAUAUAAAAAUGGAUUCCUUGUAGUAUUUGGUAUUAUUGGUUUCAUAACUGGUACCUAUGUUAGUAUUGAAGAAUUCGCUGAAACAUUUGGAUCAGGAAAACAAGAUUAAAUAUAAUUAUAAUUCAUACAUAUUUUAUGUUGUAUGUAUAUAUACAUAAGUAUGUAUAUAUGCAUAUAAAUAUAAUCUAUGUAUACUAUGAAUUUAAUAUCGAAUUAUAUUAAUUAUUAUAAAAUAAAAAAUUUGUAUAUUUUUGAUAAAUUUAAGUUAACUAACAUUUAAAAUAUUUUCUUAAAAAAAAAUGAAAGAAAAAAAAUAAUUAAAUAAAUUAAAUAAUUGUAGUAUUUAAGUUAAAAAUGAUUGGACCAAAUGAUUUAAAAUUAAAAAUAUAAAGAAAACAAAAAACUAGAAAAGUUCCCUCUUUUUUUGGGGAGCUCUAUAUAUAUAUAUAUGCUAUUAUAUAAAAAAGAAUUAAAAAAAAAUAAUUAUAAAUUAAAUAAAUUGAUUUUAAGAAUUAAAUAAGUUUUCUAUUCUAUAACUAUUUUGAAAUGAAUCUUUUAAAAAAAAUAAAAAUUAUCUGUAGCCUAGCUAUUAAGCAUGUUAAAUUUCUAAAUGAAUUUUCAAUUGGGCAAUUUUUCAUAUUCAAGAAAUAAAUGUGUCUGAGUUUUUCAAAUUCAUUUCAUGUUUAACAAUUUUAAUUUAAUAUUUAAUUAUUAUGGCCUUUGUAAAAUUUAUGUAUUAAAAUUUAUUGUUUCAUUGGAACAUUUUUAAAAAAAUUAAUUAGUUAUUAGAGAAGGAAAAGAAACGUAUUUUUCUUUCUCCAUUACAAUUUUGCUAUAAUAUACGAUUCCAUCCAAAUCCAAAUAGUUGAGUUCCAAGAUGGGAGAAAGUUUCCUAUGAGAGAAUCAGAAAAUAUUAUAAAAUUGGAAUCCAAUAAUGCAAAUCCAGUGCCACAAGCUAAUUUUCUUGUGAUUCCAUUUACUUUAAAUACAAAAUUUUAAAAUUGUUAAGGCUACCAGCUACACAAUAUUAUACAUGAAUUGAUUCACAUUUAUGAACUCAUUGAUAAUUUCGAAAUAUUGUAAACUUGAAAUGAAAAGGAAGAAAAAAAAAUAAUUUGAAAAAUUGUCUAAGUUUCUUAAUCACCAUAAAUACAAAAUUUCAGUUUUGCAAAUUAAUCACUUUAAUAAUUAUGAUUGAAAAAAAUAGUAAAAAAUUAAAUUUAUUUCCAUUUUCCCUUCAAUUCUUUGACCCUUUAAAUUGUAGAAUAUUUUGUUGUUAAAAAAAAAAAAACUAUUUUCAGUGAUUUAAUAAAUUAUUGUAUGUAUGUAUAUUAUAUGGUAAUUUUUUUUUUAUUUAAUUUUUAAAAAAAAAAAUUAUUAAUUGAAUUUGUAAUUAUAAAUUUGUUAUGAAAAAAAGUAGAACAAACUAAAAUAUAAGAAUGACGUAAAAAUUUGAAAAUAUUAAUCAAUCAGUUUGCUCUCUUUCAAUACAGACUGUGAUUCUUAAAAUUUAAGAUUAAUUAACAUAUAUGUAUAUAAAUAUGUUGUAUGUAUAUGUGUAUCAAUUAUAUUAAAAUUAUCUUUUUGAAAAAAAUGAAAGAUUUCGCUUAAUAUUCGUUAAAUUCGUUAAAUAUUCGUUAAAUUUGUUAAAUAUUCAAUGAAUUUUACUUAAUUUGAAGAAAAUAGAAAAUAUUUUGAGUUCACAUUGUGGCAGACGGUAUAAAAAUACAUUUAUCAAUCUACAAUUUUAUAGUUUCAACAAAUUAUUGAAAUUUUAAUUAAAUCGCUUGAAUAUUUUUAUCAAAAAAAUAUAAAAAGGUGCAUGUAUUUCAAAAUUAUUCUAUAGUAGUUAAGAUUAAUUAAAAUUUAAAGAUUAAAUCAAACAAAAAUUUAAUUCAUUUUUUGUCUGUUAGACGAUUCCAUUUGUAUUUUUAUAAUUAAAGAUGAAAUACAGAAAUUUGUUAUCAAAUAUUGAUUAAAUUAAAUUAAAUUAGUUGAAAAAUUAUUUUAAUGAAAUCUGUAGCUUUAAAAAAGUUAUUUUCCAUAAUUUAUUGAAGUUUUUAUAAAACUUAUAAAAAAACUCUGCUACAAAAUUGUUGACAUUUGUUUUCAAAUUUGGAAUGAAAAAUUUUGUUUUUGUUGUUCACUCAGAAAUUAAAGUGAAUUGACGGAUUUCAAGUUUUCUAAUUAUUAACUAACCAAUUUUAUACACAAAUAAAGUAAUGAGAUUAUCAAUGAACAUACAUAAUUCGAGUAGUCAACCACCUAAAUUGUUAAAUUUCUUAAGUACAUAAUUGAAUUUAAAUAAGUUUUAAUAAAAUUGAAUUUAAUUAAGAAGUUUUGGCUUAUUGAUGUAAGCGCUGUAAAAUGGAAAACAUUUCAAAAGUUGAACUAUUCACAUGAACGUCACAUUUGCAUCGAACCCAAUUGAAAUCCGUCAAUUAGUUCUCAUAUAUACAUAUACAUAUAUAUAUAUAUAUUGAAAAAAUACAUUAUAAUUUUAGUUAUAAACAUCUUUGUAGUUACAUAAAUAUAUUAUACAAACAUACGUUUAAUAAGAAAAAUGGCUGUUAAUUGGAAAAUUUCAUAGAAAUUAUAAAUAUAAAAACUUAUUGUGAUUAAAGAGAAAAAAAAUAUAAAAAAUUAAAUUUUUAUUUUAUAUUUUUAAUAAUGCAUAAAAAAAAUUUUUUACUAUAAUUUUUGUAUUACAAAUAUAUAAAUAAAUAAUAUGAAAAACAAGUUUGUACACAUAUAGGCUUUAUGAAAUACUGUGUUUAAUAUACUGAUAGAAAAAAUAUUGUAAACUUUCUAAAAUUUAAUUUUUUGUAAUUUGAUAAUUUUAGCAUUUUUAAAGAAAAUUUGUAAUUUCUUAUUCAAUUUUUGAGUUUUUCAAUAUUAACAUAACUGUAUAUUAAUAGAAAAUUUUCCUAUCUAUUAUUCAAAAAAUAUUUAGUAUAUUGAACGUAGUGUAAGUCACAUAAGCCUCCUUUAAUUAAAGGAAUUGCGAAAAAAAGCCUUGACCUUAUAUAAUUACAACUUGUACUACAAUAAUAAAAUAAAUUGUAUUUGUAUUUUUAUAGUAGAAAUAACAAUAUUUAAAACAAAAUGUUAAUUUUAAUUAUGCACUUAAAAGUUACACCUAAAGGUUAAAUGGCCUCAAUUGCAGUUUUCAAUGGUUCAGUUUAAAAUACUGAAAGAAUUCCAUAAUUGAUUGUGCACAUUGCCUUAAAUAAUUAACAUUUAUAUAAAAAAAUUAUUUUAAUUUUGGGUGAAUUUAAUUUAUAUUUGAAUUUACAUUUGAAUUUUGAUGAAAAAUAUUUAUUUACAAAAUUAUGACAUUAUUUUCAAGUGCAUAAUUAUUUUAACUAAAAAUUAAUCAUUAGAUCAUUUUUUCCGUUCUAGAAUUUUCUUUUAUCAAAUUAUUCACAAAUAAAAUUUUCAAAUUAUAAUAAGCACAAAGAAAUUUCUCUAAAUCUAAUCUUAAUAUUUUAUCUUAAUUAAUUAAACAGGUGCUUAUCUAAGAAUUAAAAUAUCAUAUUUUUUAAAUAAUUUUUUUUUAAUUAAUUUUUAAUUUUUAUAACGUAUGAUUUUCUCCAAUUUUACAAAUUCAAAUCUAAAAUAUUAUACAUACAUAUAUACGCAACAAAUAAUUAUAUUUGUAAACUUAUAAUAAAAUUUAAUAAAAAUAAAAUAUUUUUGUAUUAGAAUUAUAGUGAAAUGUAAGAAAAUUAUAUUUAUUAAAAUUUAAAUAAACUAUAAGUUAUUUGAAUAAAAAUAAAAAAAUUGUGAUAAAUUUGUCCUGCAUAGGUU